GACAUCGAAUCCUGUCAUCUACAACUGAGAUAUUUAGUUGUAUAAUAGACACAACAUAAAGAACAAUAGAAGUCAUUUAUUCACACUAUACUAUCUUUAUUUAUUCACAUAUAACAUAACGCAUAAUAACGAAAUGUGUUAUAAUCUUUUAGGAUACUUUAAGGGUCGGUAAACGAAAUCCCAAAGAGAUAUGACUUUACGGGAUACGGACUGUGAAUCUACCCUUUUCCUACUACGAAUCAAGAGUUUAUAAACUGAUUCAGGAUGUCUUGGCAAGCUUACGUUGAUACUUCCUUGCUUGGUACUGGCAAAAUUGACCAAGCAGCCAUCGUUUCUAGAGCCGGUGAUAGCGUUUGGGCUGCUUCCUCUGGUUUUAACCUUUCUGGUUCUGAGAUUCAGGGUCUCGCUGCUGGAUUCCAAGAUCCUCCCAGUAUGUUUGGUACUGGUAUCCACUUGUCUGGUCAAAAGUAUAUUACCAUUCGUGCUGAGGGUCGAUCCAUUUACGGAAAACUUCAAAAGUCUGGUAUUAUCUGUGUUGCUACUAAACUUUGUAUAUUAGUAGCUCACUACCCUGAAACUACUUUGCCCGGUGAGGCAGCCAAGAUUACAGAAGCUCUUGCUGACUAUCUUGUCGGUGUUGGUUACUAAGCUCGCUUUUGCACUGACCUCCCGUUUGAGUCAAUGUCCUUUUAAUCCACAGUCGUAUGAUGACAGAAUGAGUAGUUGAUGGAAGAUGAUGUAUUUUGUAAAAUGACCUUUGACUAGACUUAUACUUUACGUUUUUCCAAUACCAGGGGGGAUGAAUCAAUUAGAGGAAGUCGUAAAGGCUUCUUCUUUUUUUUUGCAAAUAUA